AUGUUAUAAUCUUGUAAUAAUGUAACCACUAGUUUACAAUAUAAGUAAGUGGUUGAAAAGUAUUAACAUUUUUUAGAUGAGAGGGCUAAACUAAAGUAAAGAUCAGAAGAUAAAUUAAGCAUUGCUGUCAAAAGAAUAUAUUUAAACUCUUUAUUACCUUCAUUAUAAUCAGAUCAUUAUUAACAGACAAAUAGAAUUAGUCAAAGACUGUGUACUUUAUAAAAAGAAUAGUAUUCUUAAUUUAAAUAGGAAUCUAUAGAUUAAAUAACCAAUAAUAUUUAAAAAUCAAUAGUCACUCCUAAUUCAAAUUAUGUUAGUUAAUUUAAGCAUCGGAAAUCAUAAUCAAAUUUAGAUGGUUCUCAUUUGUAAGGAUUUCUUAAUGGACUUUAUAAAUGUGAUAAAUUAGAACAUCAUUCUAGACAUAUUUCAAUAAAAGACUUAAAUUAGAAAUAAAGAAAAUAAUCUGAUGAAUGUUAAGAAAAUCAUAUUCAUUUACCAUCUUUAUAAUAACCAUAGAAUGAAUUAAGUAAACAUAUUAAUAAGAAAAAUACAUCAAAAAAGGUUUCACAUGAAGAAAUCUUAUAUACUAAUAGAUGGGAAAGAGAUAGAGGUAAUAAUGUUGUGAGAAUUGAUAGAUUAUAAGUAGAUUAAUUAACAAAUGAUAUUUUUGAUUAUAUCUUAUCUUAAGAUAUAAUCAAAAUGUAUUUUGAAAACAUAAAUCUUAAUUAAUUACAAAAUAUAUUAUAAGAAUUACUUAAAGGGGUUUAUUAUGAAAAUGUAAUUAAUUUUGAAUAAAUGAUUUCAUAUUUUACUACUCUUUAAUUCUCUUAUUUAGAAAUCUUUUAUAUUAAAUAUGCAAUAGCUUAAGCAUUAAUUAAAGCCAAUUACAACUAUCUCUUUAUUGAAAGAGCUCUCAAUUAAUUUGAAGAGUAUAGAUAUUUAAUAUAAAAACCUAUUCCUUUUAUUACUAAACUUUUUGAUAAUAUAUUCUAUUCAAGCAUAGCCAAAGAUCUAAUUUUGAAAUUACUUAGAAGUGUUUCCUAUAAUAAAUACUUAUAAACUCAUAAAUUUGAAAGUGAAUAAUUUAUAAUUGCAAUAAAGAAUGGCCUUUUUCCUUAUUUGGUAGGAGAUUAUGUUGCAUUACCAUUACAUGCAAGAAUAAAAGAUGUUAAAGCUGAAUUAUUUAGAUAAUAAAUUCUUAAGCCAUUUAUUAAUGAUACUUUUGUUAUAUAAGUUAAAAACCUACUAAAAGAAUAUAAUCUAGAAGAUUUAUAUAUUAAAGAUGUAGAAAGAAGAUUAAUUUUUCCAAAGAUAGAAUUAAAUAAUAUAGAAGAUAGUCAUUUUCCUAUUCAUUAUAUAUAUUCUUAUAUUCAAUGUAAGAAUACUCUCAUACCUUCUUAUGAUAUUAAAGCUUUGAUUAAAGUUAUUAAAAUAGAUCCAAUCAUUAAAGAAUCUGAUUCUACUAUUUUUGAAGACAAUGUAACUUAUCUAUCCAAAUUUGAAUAAAUAUAAGAUGAUAUAUAAUUAUUUUUAUGA